AUGAGCUGUCCCUCGCGCUCUGGCUGCUGCCACAUUGUCCCUCCACAUCUUCUCCGGGCCAUUGCCAAUUCAGACGAGGUCUCCGAAACAACUAGACAAGCUGCAAAGACCUCCCUCGCCUCACACGACAAGUACGCUUCCAAGCGCAAAGAGGGUUUCGAGCGACUCGCUCGCCCCAGUGGCCGCAAGACGACUCAGGAGUCCCGUUCUCGCCGCAGGAGCAUCGUUCCCGAUACGCUACUUCGACAUCUUGCCCAUUCCUCUCACGUCGAUGAUGACACACGCGCCCGAGCGAAACGUGACCUCGAUCACCUCACGCGGGUCUUGCAGAGCGUUGGCACUGCCCAACCCUCCGAGAAGGUGUCACUCUCAGAUGACCAAAGCAAUGACCCCAAAUUCCAUCCAUCCCGUGCUGUUUACGACGCUGAGAACAACUUCAAUGAGAGUCAACUUCCCGGGAAGCUCGUCCGCUCCGAGGGCGAGCAAAGCGUCGGGGAUGAGGCUGUCGACGAUGCGUACAAGAACAUCGGCACGGUGCUCGACUUCUACAAAGAGCACUUCAACUGGAAAUCAAUCGACGACCAGAACGCGGAUGUGAUCAGCACCGUGCACUUUGGCGAAAGUUAUGAAAAUGCCUUCUGGGAUCCCGAGCACAUGCAGAUGGUCUUUGGCGAUGGCGACGAGUUUCUGAACAAUUUCACCGGGUGUAUAGAUGUCAUCGGGCACGAGCUGACACACGCUAUCACAGAGCAUACGGCACCCUUGAAUUACUGGGGGAUGUCAGGUGCUCUCAAUGAGCAUAUAUCCGAUGUGUUUGGCAUCAUGGUGAAGCAGAAAGUUCAGAACGAGACAGCUGCCAACGCAGAUUGGCUGAUCGGAGAGGACUGUAUCCUGCCCGGCGUCAAGGGUGUAGCACUCAGGAGUAUGAAGGCACCAGGGACGGCAUACAAUGACGCACGAUUUGGAAAAGAUCCACAAGUCGGACACAUGAAGUCCUGGUACACCAUGGUCGAUGACAAUGGUGGCGUUCACGUCUUCUCAGGCAUCCCAAACAAAGCAUUCCAGCUUGCUGCUGUCUCCUUUGGGGGGUACUCAUGGGAGAAGGCCGGUCAAAUCUGGUGGAAAACCAUGAACAGCGGCCGGAUCCCCCAGAACUGCACCUUCAGACAGUUCGCAGACGUGACCAUUGAGGUAGCUAAGGAUUUUGGGCUGGGUGCGCCAGACAAGGUGAAGAAAGCCUGGGCGGCCGUGGGCGUGAUGGACCAGGUGCGAGGGCCAGGCGGGUGCACCGCCCUGUAA